UGCAACCAUAGCUGCUUAGCUGCACUACAGUCACUUCUUUAUGCUGCAGCCCAGGGGUUAUGUGCCACAACUUGUUCCUGUUCAGCGGAUUUCUCACGUUCUAAGGGGACUUGGAUGUACAGAACAUACCCAGGAGCCCCAGGCGGAUCAGCCACAAGACGGGUAUCUCGUGGAGCGCACAGCUGACACUUGUGCGUCAGCUGCAGAAAUAUGGAGUGACUUCCCUUAAAGAAAAUCACCACAGGCUUAAUAUUCCUGACCUUUGAGAUGCAUUUUACGUCAAAACAUCGGGAGGGGAAACAAAGCUGGAUGCAUGAGCCACUGUGGUUUCAUGGGCUGUGAUUUUUAAGCAUCAGUUGCAUCGGCACAAAGUUUAGUCGCGCGUCCUGUGUAAGCUGUACACGCUCAGGAGGCACCUGAGGAAUUUGCGGUGCGGGACAAGGUGAGACGGUUCUGCCUCGUGAGUACGCAGGGUGCGCGCUCCUCUCUCCAUAUCACUGACACUUAAAAAUUUAAUUCUCCGGCUCCACGAGACGGACAUUAAUUACGGAGCGCGCACGAGCAGCAGCCAAGGAAAGCUCCGAACAUGCACGCCGAUAACCAUCAAAGGACACCAAACACGUGGUGUAAUAUUUAGCUGGUCUGGAUCCAAAAUUAAUUCCGAGCGUAAGCUUUGUGGCGCACCGGAGUGACUUGCUAACAAGCGCAGCUACCAGCCUGUUUGUGUUUGCAACCUGCAGUCAGUUGCUGGGGACGCACGUAGUAAAAUGAGGUUUGAAAGCAUCAUCUUAUUCGUCGCUCUCUGCUCUUUUACCGCUUAUUAUAUUUAUGAGCCCAUUCCCGAGGAGAUAGAGGAGAGAUGGAAACUCAUGCUGAUCAACUCUUUCUUCAGAAGUCUCAGCCACCUGGCAGACUUCAGUGAAUUACUGGGGCUGAAAGACUACAUGGGGGUGAUGUACUUCAUUACUCUGGCUGAAAAGGUAGUGCCUGUGUCUGACGAGCAUGUCAAGGUGACAGAGGAGAAAUUUGAUGGAGUGGAGGUGGUGCUGUACCAGCCAAAGCAGAGGGGCGGUGACAUUGAGCUCAGGAGGGCUGUCAUAUACCUGCACGGUGGAGGGUGGUGUCUGGGUAGUUCCAUGAUGAGUCCAUAUGAUCUCCUGGCCAGAAAAAUUGUCACCGAGCUAGAUGCAGUGGUUCUUUCUGUUGAGUACCGACUUGCCCCUGCUCACCACUUCCCUGUGCCAUAUGAGGACGUAUACCAUGUGGUCAAACACUUCCUCCAGAAGGGGGUGCUGGCCCAGUACUCUGUGGACCCAGGACGCAUUGCUGUGUCGGGGGAUAGUGCUGGGGGGAAUCUGGCAGCUGCUGUCUCCCAGCAGCUGCAAAAAGAGCCUGGACAGCAGGUUCAGUUGAAGGCCCAGGCACUCAUCUACCCCGUGCUGCAGGCUCUGGAUCUCAACACGCCUUCGUAUCAGCAGAAUCAGGACAUGCCCAUUCUGCCGCGCACCCUCAUGGUGCGUUUCUGGAGUGAGUACUUCACCAGUGACAAGGCCCUUUUCAGAGCCAUGAUGGCCAACACCCACAACAACCCUGAGUCUUCCAGCCUGCUGAAGUUUGUCAACUGGAGCACCUUUCUGCCAGAAACAUAUCACAGAAAAUAUAAUUAUAGUGCUCCUGCUGUGGUGCAGGGAGUCGGAGGGGAGGCAGUUGGGAAGGAUGGACCAUCUCGAUCUAUUGCUGACCCGAGGGCAUCACCCCUCCUGGUUCCAGACACUGCCUUACGCUCUCUGCCCAAGGCUUACAUUCUGACAUGUGAGUAUGAUGUUCUCCGAGAUGAUGGGAUCAUGUAUGUCACACGGCUUCGUGCUGCUGGUGUCGAGGUGACACAUGAACACUAUGACAAAGGAUUUCAUGGAGGGCUGAUGUUCACCGUGUGGCCAACUGACUUCCUCAUUGCACAUCGCAUGACAGACAACUUUAUUAAAUGGCUCAAGGAAAACUUGUAAAAAGAUAAAAAAAAACUCUUGACUAUCAGUGUUCAUUCCAUUUUUUUUCCACACAAUGCACCAGUGUUGGUUAGGUGCAAUUUGUUACUGUCUGGCAUUCAACUUUUGUUGUUCUAUUCUUUUUCUUUGGUUAUGCAAUGUUUCUGAAAAUAUGUUAAGAAAUCAAUCAACAUCUGUUUUUCCACUUGUGGGUUGUACCACAUUAGAAACCAGUAGGAAAGGAUUUUUGAAAUAAUAGUUCUCAUUUGUUCAAAUAAGAUGGUUUGAGUAAAACACAAUAGAUAUGACAUCUUUCAAGAACAAUAGUAGUACUGUGUUCAUUGUCCAACGAACACACUAUUAUGCAGGGAGAUUUUCGGGGAAAAACAAACGGUGGAAAAAGUACAAAAUUUGUUGUGUUAUGUAAGGUUAGAUGUGUAUGUUUUUUUGCUGGUUAGCUUGUCUUUUGUGGUACUACUGAUUCUUGUUUCCCAUCACAGGACCUUCAACCUGUUCCAUUAUCCAUUGCAUCAGAAUCAAUGCUGUUAACGCAUGCCCAAAAAAUAAAUAUGAGCUAUCCCA